AUGGGUUCUACUUCAGCAGCCAAUAAACUCACCUCCCGUCAUCCCCUUCAACGUCUUCCCUCUCCCUCUCCGACAGCAUCCGCCCUCGUUCAUCUCAUUGGCCUUGCUUCCUUCUCUCUUUCUUACAAAUAUCUUUUCGACUUCCCAACAUUCAUCAACUCUUCCUAUGGCUGGCACUUCCAAUACCUCACCAUCAUUGGCCUUACUCUAGCUUUUUUGACAUUUGUCUUCGGCUUCCUCGCAGACAUCACUCUUUCCCCAAGACUAUUCUUGAUCAAGAAUUCUCUUUCAUUAUGUUCUGCCCCUCUGGAAGUUUUGAUAUCUGUGUUGUAUUGGGGAAUCUCGGCUAUUGAUAAGAAGCUCUUGGUGCCUCCCGAGAUCUAUAUCAGUCCAUAUGCUGAUAUCGGGUUCCACGCUAUGCCAGCGAUCUUGUUGACUAUUGAUCUACUGUUCUUGAGUCCGCCAUGGACCAUCAAUGCAUUGCCUGCUAUGGGACUUUCAUCAACCUUGGCCGUUGCAUAUUGGGCUUGGGUGGAACAAUGUUAUAAGUACAAUGGAUUUUACCCAUACCCAUUAUUUGGACAUCUUGAUACAACACAGAGAGCACUCUUGUUCACCGGAGCUGCCUUGACGAUGACUGGUAGUACGGCAGUGCUUAAAUGGCUAUAUGGAAGAGUCAAUGGUUUGCAGGGUGCUCAAUAUAGAAGCAACCCCAACAACAUCAAGGGGAAAUAA